AGAUGGCGGCGCGGCGGGCCGGCCUGCUCUGCCUGCCUGCGGCCCUGCUGCUGCUGUGGGCGGGAGGCCGCGCUCGGGCUGCAGGAGCCGUGCCCGCCAGCUCCUCCGAGGCCUUUGACUCCGUGUUGGGCAACACGGCUUCCUGCCACCGCGCCUGCCAGCUGACCUACUCCCUGCACACCUACCCCAAGGAAGAGGAACUGUAUGCGUGCCAGCGAGGCUGCAGACUGUUUUCCAUUUGUCAGUUUGUGGAUGAUGGCAUCGAUCUGAAUCGAACCAAACUGGAAUGUGAUUCUGCCUGUACUGAGGCGUACUCCCAGUCUGAUGAACAAUAUGCUUGCCAUCUUGGAUGCCAGAACCAAUUGCCAUUUGCUGAGUUAAGACAAGAGCAAUUAAUGUCCCUGAUGCCAAGAAUUCAUCUCCUCUUUCCUCUGACGCUGGUGAGAUCCUUCUGGAGUGAUGUGAUGGAUUCAGCUCAGAGCUUCAUAACAUCCUCAUGGACGUUCUACCUUCAAGCAGAUGAUGGCAAAAUUGUCAUAUUCCAGUCGAGGCCAGAAGUGCAGUAUGUUCCACAGCUUGAUCAGGAGACUGAAGGUACAAGAGGAUCCUUGUCCCUGAGUAAAACAGCUUCAGACCCACAGCCAGCAAGCUCGCAGACGUACCGAGGACUAUUUGAAGAGCAAGGCAAUGAGAGCUUUUUCAAGUGUCUUUCCAUAAAUUCCAGUUGGAUUUUAACCACUACACUUGUCCUGUCCGUGCUGGUGCUCCUCUGGAUUUGUUGUGCAACUGUAGCUACAGCUGUAGAGCAGUAUGUUCCAUCUGAGAAACUGAGCAUCUAUGGAGAUCUGGAAUACAUGAAUGAACAAAAACUGAACAGAUAUCCAUCCUCUGCACUUGUUGUGGUUAGAUGCAAGACUGAGGAACAUGAAGAAGCAGGACCUCUUCCUACAAAAGUUAAUCUGGCUCAAUCAGCAAUUUAAAUAAGCCUCCAUUGGAUUGAAUAGACUAAUUCUAACUGUGCUAGCAACUCCUGAUUGUUUGUGGUGGUUCUUCAGAUAAGAAGCUUAGCAGCAAGUCUUUAAAUGCAGAUAAAAUUACAGAAUCAACAGAUGUCAUGGGUUUUUUUUCCCCUCUAGUAGUGAAGAUUCAGACACCUUGAAUUUGUUUCCAGACAUAAUCACUUUCCACUGGUGUUUGCUCUGUGUCUUUUUGCUUACAGAAGCUGUAAGCACGCUUUCCAUAUUUCUGCCAUGACACUUUCAAACUUGUUUGUGUAUUCUAGGAUAUACUGUGUACAUUCAAGAGUUAGCUCUGUAAAGAUAUAAGAAAUUUUAAGUAGGCAGGAGAUGCCUUUUUAGUGUUGCACUUUCUGUUGUAGUUAAGAGAAAAUAUUAUAAAAUUAUCUGCUGUUCUUUUUUUGGGGGGUGGGGGGGUACUUGUGAAUGUUCCUGCACAAACAACCCUUUCUUCAAGAACAGAAAUCUAUUUUUUCUACCAUGUGGCAAUAUCCAGGAUGGAAAGCAUUUGUGAAGUACUGUAGGCUAGAACUCAGUUUGUGGAAGGUGGAAGAUGUGUUAAAAACAUGUGGGCAUAUGCUUUCACAGACAGAACAUUACAUGGUUAAUUAAAUGUCAGACUGUAGCCUUUACAUCUCAAAUUGCUUGUAAAGUUAGAGCCUGUGUUUUCCGAAGGAAUUCUACUUUCUGUUCUUGAUCAACUAUUCUAGUCUUGUAACUUCAUUUACAGAAACAAGGUGAUUCCUGAGAAAUGAGAACAGAUGAAUAAAAACGACUGUAUAGGAA